AUGUCUUCGGCGCCCACCACUCGUCACGCCCUCGUCUUCGAGACUCCCGAGCAGCCACUCGUCCUCAAGUCGGAGCCCAUCCAGACCCCUACCGCCCACGGCAGCGCCGUCGUCCGCAUCCUCUCCACCACCACCCGCCCUCACAACAAGGCCAGCUUCGCCGGGAAGCGCGUCCUGCCUGUCACGGCCCCCUACGUCCCCGGAAACUCGGCCAUAGCACGCGUCAUCGACGUGGGCCCGGACGCCGUGUCCCUUGCAAAGGGACAGCUCGUCUAUGUCAGCGGCUUCAUCACCGCGCGAGACGACCACACCAACAGCCAGGUCCUCCUCGGCUUCUCCGACCUGGGCGCCUCCCAGUCCAAGAAACUCUUCAAGGCGUGGCCCGGUCUCUGGGCCGACGUCGCCACCGUGCCCCAGGAGAACUGCGUGCCCCUGAACGAGUCCCUCCUCUGCGGCACCAUGGCCUACACCCUGGGCCAGCUCGAGUACAUUGACCGCCUCGCUGUCGCCAACGGCGGCGUUUCAUCCGCCGCCCUCCGCGCCGGCGAGACCGUCAUCGUCUGUCCUGCCACGGGGCAUUUCUCAGGCGCCGUCGUCGAGCUCGCCGCCCAGAUCGGCUGCCACGUCGUCGCGCUCACCCGCUCCGCUGCCAAACUCGAGCCGCUCACCGCACGGCACGCCAGGAUCAGACCCGUCGAGCUGACUGGCGAUGUCGACGCGGAUGCGAAGGCCAUCCGUGCCGCGUGUCCACAGGGCAUGGCUGACGCACUGAUCGACGUCUCGCCGCAUGAGGCCGCGGCCAGUCCGUCGCACCUACACGCUGGCCUGAAGGUGCUCUGUGGCCAUGGCCGUGUCGUCUUCCUAGGUGCGAUGGAAAACGUCAGCAUCCCCUAUAUGAGCAUCAUGGCGCGCAACAUCGCCAUCAAGGGUCAGUUCAUGUUCACGCGUGAGAUGACGGCCGCGCUGGUCAAGAUGAUCGAGUCUGGCGUCGUGAAGCUCGGCAAGGAGGCCGGCCACAAUGUACGGGCGUACAAGAUGGAGGACUGGCAGCAGGCCAUCGCGGAGGCGGAGACGGCAACGAAUUGGGGCGAGCAGAUUGUGCUCGAGCCUUGA